CAAAAACCAGCCGCCUCACCAGGAGCUCCGAUUGUGACAAUGGCUGGAGGUGGUUCUGCUGCCAAUUCCAACUCUCCCACCGCCGUUCGAAUCGUUGUUGCCGGUGACCGUGGCACCGGAAAGUCCAGCCUAAUUGUCACUGCUGCUGCCGAAGCUUUCCCGACCAAUGUUCCCCCGACUCUGCCUCCGACCAGGUUGCCGGAGGAUAUGUUCCCCGACCGUGUUCCCGUCAUGGUCAUUGAUACGUCUGCUAGUAUGGAGAAUAGAGGCAAACUUGCUGAUGAACUGAAGGGAGCUGAUGCUGUUGUUCUUACUUAUGCGUGCGAUAAACCAUCUACUCUUGAUCGGUUGAGUACUUUUUGGCUUCCCGAACUUCGAAGAUUAGAGGUAAGGGUGCCUGUCAUAGUGGUUGGUUGUAAGUUGGAUUUAAGGGAUGAACAGCAAGCAGUUAGUUUAGAGCAGGUGAUGUCACCUAUAAUGCAACAAUUUCGGGAGAUUGAAACUUGCAUUGAAUGUUCAGCGUUCAAACAUAUUCAACUUCCAGAGGUAUUUUACUAUGCGCAGAAAGCUGUGCUUCAUCCAACAGCUCCACUAUUUGAUCAGGAGGCACAAACCUUAAAACCCCGUUGUGUCAGGGCUUUAAAGCGGAUCUUUAUACUAUGUGAUCAUGAUAGAGAUGGUGCUCUAAGUGAUGCAGAGUUGAAUGAUUUCCAGGUAAAAUGUUUUAAUGCUCCCCUGCAACCCUCGGAAAUAGUGGGUGUAAAGAGAGUUGUACAAGAAAAGCUGCCUGAAGGAGUCAAUGAGAAUGGUCUCACAUUGACAGGCUUCCUUUUUCUACAUGCUCUAUUUAUUGAAAAAGGCCGAUUGGAGACAACAUGGACUGUUCUAAGGAAAUUUGGGUACAACAAUGAUAUACGACUUUGUGAUGAUCAGCUUCUGCCUCCUAUUACAAGAACUCCAGAUCAGAGUGUGGAGCUGACAAGUGAAGCUGUGGAAUUUCUCAGAGGAGUUUUUUCCCUGUUUGAUAUUGAUGGUGAUGGGGCUCUUAAUGCACACGAGCUGGAGGAUCUCUUUUCUACUGCACCAGAGAAUCCUUGGAGUGAAGCACCAUUUGCAAAUGCAGCCGAGAAGAAUGCCUUGGAAGGGCUCUCACUUGAUGGGUUUUUGUCAGAGUGGGCUCUUAUGAUUCUUCUAGACCCAGUCCAUGGUGUCGAGAAUCUCAUAUACAUUGGCUAUGCUGAUGAUCCCUCUUCUGCAAUCCGUGUUACUCGGAGAAGACGUGUAGACCGCAAGAAGAAACACUCAGACAGAAAUGUUUUCCAGUGCUUUGUUUUUGGACCAAAAGAGGCUGGAAAGACAUCACUGUUGCAUUCUUUUGUUGGAAGGCCAUUUGCCGAAGGUUAUACACCAACCACUGAGGAGCGGUAUGCAGUUAAUGUUGUUGAUCAGCCUGAUGGAAGGAAGAAAACCUUGAUAUUGCGAGAGAUACCUGAAGAGGCGAUUGAGAAGUUGCUGGUUGAGAAGGAUGCUUUGGCAGCCUGUGACAUAGCAGUCUUUGUUCAUGACAGUUCUAAGGAGUCUUCAUGGAUAAGAGCAACAGAAUUGCUUGUAGAAAUUGCGAGUCAUGGGGAAUCUACUGGCUAUGAGGUUCCUUGCCUGAUUGUUGCAGCUAAAGACGACCUUGAUCCUUAUCCGACUGCAAUACAAGAUUCCACGAGGGUAAGUCAGGAUAUGGGAAUAGAGGCUCCUAUACCUAUAAGCGCAAAAUUGGGAGACUUCAAUAAUAUAUUUCGAAGAAUUACAAGAGCUGCAGCUCAUCCUCAUCUAAGCAUUCCUGAAACUGAAGCUGGCAAAACUAGAAAACAAUAUCACAGGAUUCUUAAUCGCUCGCUAAUGGUUGUUUCAGUGGGAGCUGCAGUUGCUGUUGUUGGGCUGGCUGCAUACCGCGUCUACGCUACAAGAAAGAAUGCUUCGAGUUAAACCCCGACCGUCUACAAGUUAUAGCAGUGUUCAAACAAAUUCAAAUAUCAAUAUCAUAAAUUUUGAUCCAAUUUGCUCUUCUUAAUAUAAUUGACUGUAUAUUAUGAAGAAUUAUGUUCAAUUGCUAUAUUCCAAGAUUGCCCUUAUCAUGCUGUAA